AUGGCCCUGCGCACUGGGACGACUUGGUUUGGUCAGGUCUUGCGCAGAGUUAGGCUGCAGGGCUCGUGGUCCCGGCGAUCCAGCAGUCUGCUCUGCCUGUCCGCCUCCGACAAAGCCGGAGACGACGAGCAGUGCGCGUCGGACAACUCCAACAACCGCUGCCGGGAUACUUGCUGCUGCGCCCGGGCUUUCUCCCGGGACCUCGGCCGAUCGGAACAGGGGAGGGAGAGCGGACAUGAGCCGCUCACACGCCGCUUCUCGGAGGCCAUGAAGCGGCAGAACGUGCGAACUCUGUCCCUCAUCAUCUGCACGUUCACUUACCUGCUGGUGGGAGCCGCCGUCUUCGAUGCGCUCGAGUCGGAGUUUGAAAUGAAGGAGGCGGUGAAGCUGAGGACGCAGGAGAAGGGGCUCAGGAGCAAGUACAACAUCACCGACGAAGACUACAGGCAGCUGGAGACGACCAUCAUGCAUUUGGAGCCCCACAGGGCUGGAGUUCAGUGGAAAUUCGCCGGAUCCUUUUAUUUUGCCAUUACUGUGAUUACAACUAUAGGAUAUGGCCACGCAGCUCCAGGGACUGAUCCAGGCAAAGCCUUUUGCAUGUUUUAUGCUGUACUGGGAAUACCACUGACUCUAGUCAUGUUCCAGAGCCUCGGAGAACGGAUGAACACCUUUGUUAAAUACCUUUUAAAACGAAUAAAGAAGUGCUUUGGCAUGAAAAGCACCGAUGUGUCCAUGGAGAAUAUGGUGACCGUUGGUUUCUUCUCGUGCAUGGGAACCCUGUGCAUUGGAGCUGCAGCCUUCGCUCACUAUGAAGACUGGAGCUUUUUUCAUGCAUAUUACUACUGUUUCAUCACAUUGACUACAAUAGGGUUUGGGGACUAUGUGGCACUCCAGAAAAACAGGGCCCUCCAGAGAAGGCCGCUUUAUGUGGCUUUUAGCUUUAUGUACAUUUUAGUGGGUUUAACAGUAAUUGGAGCUUUCCUGAACCUGGUGGUUCUAAGGUUUUUGACCAUGAAUAGUGAAGACGAACGGCGGGAUGCUGAGGAGCGAGCAUCUUUGGCAGGAAACAGAAACAGCAUGAUUAUCCACAUCCAGGAAGAUCCCCAACAGGGCAGACAGCGGUACAAAACAGAAGUAACGGACCUCCAGUCUGUCUGCUCCUGCAUGUGCUACAGGUCGCACGAGUACACCAAUAGGGUGGUAUCUCACCAGAAUUCAUUCAGUUCCCAUCUGAAUCCCCAGUACUUUCAUUCUGUAUCUUAUAAGAUCGAGGAGAUUUCACCAAGCACAUUAAAAAACAGUCUGUUCCCAUCUCCCGUGAGCUCUGUGUCGCCGGGUUUGCACAGCUUUAAUGACAACCACAGGCUCAUGAGAAGGAGAAAGUCGAUUUGAAAUGUUUAUUUUUGGUUCGUUUUUGAGUGUGACGGAGAAAAAAAAGAAAAAAGAAGCCUUUCUCUGGGACUCAGAAACCAAGCAUGAAGCAUGGUUAAUAAGCUCCACAGCACCAACAAUAUGCCUUACAUAUGGCUGUUGGAUUCAAGGGUUAAGCAUUGAGUUGGCAUCCAUCGAAAACCACACAAGCGGAAUCAUUUGACUGGCAUUAAUCUGCUUCACCUGGAAGUAAGAGUAAACUGUUAGAUUAAGACUUGAUAUUGAUAUAGUGGGAUGUGUGGAAAACUAAUGCAUCAGGUAUUCAUUUUGUAAACAGUUUAAACACUGAGUCGCAGACUGAUGAAAAGAACAGAAAAUCCAAACCCUGUUGCCAAACAGCAUGCGCAUUGACACAAGAAGCAGUCAGUACACCGGGUGUGCCAUUGUAUUUUCAACAGCUGGAUCUUUAUUACUGGAUAGGAAAGUGCAGAAGGAUCAUUUUAGCUUGCCAGUUAAACGCAUGCAAUUUGUAAAACUGGUAUGCAUUAUAACUUACCUGAAAACACAAAACUUAACUAGCAAUGAAAUUAAUAAAGCAAUUAAUAUUUAUUGAUUUAUUAUGAGUAUUACAUACAUCUUUAUAUUAUAUGUUUGUGAUCAUUCCAGCC